CACACGGUGUCCCUCUCACUUCCAGACUGCAUCGCAAUUUUCAAGGCCGCUUCAUGUAGAGGCCCUUGGCCCCCCCCUCCUCGUUCUUCUCCUCCUACUUGAGGCUUCUGCCCUCGAGACGCCAGUGGCUGGCCCUCUUGGGUGUCUCAGAGACCGCGGUCUCCCUACUGGUGUUGGGUUUUUGGUAGUGGGUAGUGCAGUGAGUCUGGAGCUUCAGUCGUUACGGAGAUGGCGGGUUCGGAUCCGACGUAUAGCAGAAUACCAGCCAGCGAUGGCGAAGUGGGGAACUUGAGGGAUGUGGGUGAGGGUGCAGGACCUGCGGUGCGAAUUCGCGUCAGGCAACGGUUGCCGGAUUUUCUGCAGUCUGUGAAUCUGAAGUAUGUGAAGCUGGGCUAUCACUAUGUCGUGACGCAUGCGUUGUUCUUGCUUGUGCUUCCGCUCUUGCUGGCUGUAGCUGUAGAGUUUGGCCGGCUGGGGCGGGAUGACAUUUUGCAACUGUGGGACCAUCUCCAGUAUAACCUUGUGAGUGUCUUGGCCUGUUCCGGGGCGUUGGUGUUUGUGGCCACCUUGUAUUUUAUGUCGAGGCCCCGCCCGGUGUAUCUUGUAGACUUUUCGUGUUACAAGCCCGAGGAUGAGAGGAAGGUGACCAUGCAGACUUUUAUCCAGCGAUCUAUCGAAGCUGGGAAGUUCGAUGAGAAAAGCUUGGAGUUUCAGAAGAAGAUUAUCGAGAGGUCGGGGUUGGGUCAGGAGACCUACCUUCCGCGCGCUGUGGUCAGUGCGCCUCCCAAUCCUUGCAUGAAGGAGGCGCGUCUGGAGGCAGAGCAAGUGAUGUUUGGCGCUCUUGACGAGCUUUUCGAGAAGACAGGCGUGAAGCCGAAGGACAUUGGAGUGUUGGUCGUCAACUGCAGUUUGUUCAACCCCACUCCUUCUCUUUCUGCCAUGAUUGUCAACCACUACAAGAUGCGUGGUAAUAUCCAGAGUUUGAAUCUUGGAGGUAUGGGGUGCUCUGCUGGUGUCAUCGCCAUCGAUCUGGCGAAAGACUUGCUCCAAGUGCACGGAGGAUCCUACGCCAUCGUUGUCUCUAUGGAGAACAUUACCUUGAACUGGUACUUUGGCAAUGACAGAUCGAAGCUCGUGUCCAACUGCAUCUUUAGAAUGGGAGGAGCUGCAAUCAUGCUUUCUAACAAGCGGUCGGAAAGGAGGAGGGCGAAGUACGAGCUCGUACACACUGUCAGAACCCACAAGGGCGCGGAUGAGAAAUGCUUCCGAUGUGUAUUUCAAGAAGAGGAUUCAGAAGGCACAAUGGGCGUGUCGCUCUCCCGGGAGCUCAUGGGAGUAGCCGGAGAUGCCUUGAAAGCCAAUAUUACCACGCUGGGUCCCCUUGUCCUCCCGCUCUCUGAGCAGCUUCUGUUCUUUGCUACCUUGGUUGCCAGGAAGUUCUUGAACAUGAAGGUCAAGCCUUACAUUCCUGACUUCAAGCUGGCUUUCGAUCACUUCUGUAUUCACGCGGGAGGGAGAGCCGUUCUCGACGAGAUUGAGAAAAACUUGAGCCUCUCCCAGUGGCACAUGGAGCCCUCUCGGAUGACUCUCUACAGGUUUGGUAACACCUCUAGCAGCUCGCCUUGGUAUGAACUUGCGUACACGGAAGCAAAAGGCAGGGUGCGUCGCGGUGACAAGGUAUGGCAAAUUGCGUUUGGUUCUGGAUUCAAGUGCAACAGUGCUGUGUGGAGAGCACUCCGGACUGUUAAGCCCUCACAGUACAGUCCCUGGAGGGAUUGCAUAGACAAAUUGCCUGUUGAAGUUCCUACUUACGCGAAUAUCUCGUAGGUCGUACUUUACCGGAGAAGUCUGUUUUGGAAGCUUACUAUGCUUUAUCUGCUUAUCACAAGAGCAGAGACUGUUGCGUCUCUUUGCUUCAGUCCUGCCGUGCAGCAAAGUGUCGGAAUGGUUUGUAGAGGAGAUUGGUGAUAAUUGACUCAAAGUCUAAAAAUUUACAGGCAGUUGAUUCUCAUUUUUAGAUUUUUGGAUUGGGAACAUGGCGACUUUGCAAAUCGCCUGGUUCAAGCAAUACUCAGGCACCCAUUGUACCUGGUAACAGUCCCUGUUGGAUUUUGUAAUUGUACAUCGGUACAUCAAAGACAUUCAGAUGGGCCAGCCUUUUUUUCUUUUAGUGAAAAACUGCAAGACCCUUACAAACUUGCUAUUAUGACAUUUGAUCAAUGACAAUAAAGUAGAAGGUCACGUGUCCAUACUGUUUCUUGCA